AAUGGCCACGUAAAAUCUGGUAGCACCUGUUUGCACUUUGCAGUGGGCAGUGAGUAGGGCCGUUACUGGACUUCCGACCCAUCUAUGCUUUAUCCCGAAACGCAAAGUUGAAAUACACGUAUGGGCUGAAUCUCCAAAUUUACAUGGGCCCUGGCCUGCCAUCUCGACGUCGAGCCACAUAUUUUUUAAAAAAUAUAUUUAUCUCCAAACCCCUGCCUGGCCUGUAUAGUUUUCCCCUUUCCUCUAAACCUCUCUAGAACCCUGCGCCCCAAUCCAUGGCCAGACCCUGCGGCGCCGCGCUGCAGCGGCACGCGGCAGUGGCCGUCCUUCGCACGGCGGCCGCCGCUGGCGACCUGUCCAAGGGAAAGGCGCUCCACGCCCGGCUCAUCACAGCCGCCCAUUUCGACGUCGUCCUGCACAACAACCUCAUCUCCUUCUACGCCAAGUGCGGCCGGGUCGGGCUCGCCCGCAAGGUGUUCGACGCAAUGCCCUUCCGGAACGCCGUGUCCGGAAACCUCCUCAUGUCCGCAUACGCUUCCCUGGGGCGGCAUAAGGACUCGCUCGCGCUGCUCAGGGUGGUCGACUUUGACCUGAACGAGUACGUUCUGUCAGCAGCGGUGUCUGCAACCGCCAAUGUCAGGAGCUAUGACAUGGGGAGGCAGUGCCAUGGGUAUGCUGUUAAGGCUGGGCUGGCUGAGCAACGCUAUGUUUUCAACGCUGUGCUAUAUAUGUACUGUCAGUGUGCUCACAUGGAGGAUGCAGCGAAGGUAUUUGAGAAUGUUUCUGGUUUUGAUGCAUUCGCAUUCAACUCAAUGAUAAAUGGGUUUCUUGAUCGGGGGCUACUGGAUGGUUCAUUCGGGAUUGUGAGAAAAAUGACUGAGGAGGUUGAGAAAUGGGAUUAUGUGUCUUAUGUCGCAGUUCUUGGGCAUUGUGCUAGCAUGAAGGACUUUGUGCUUGGGAUUCAGGUGCAUGCCCAGGCUUUGAAGAAGAGGCUUGAACUAAAUGUGUAUGUGGGGAGUGCACUUGUUGAUAUGUAUGGGAAAUGUGACCAUGCUCAUGAAGCUAAUCAUGCAUUCGAGGUUCUGCCAGAGAAGAAUGUUGUUUCUUGGACAGCUGUUAUGACUGCUUACAACCAAAAUGAGCUGUAUGAAGAUGCAUUGCAAUUGUUCUUGGACAUGGAAAUGGAAGGAGUUCAACCCAAUGAAUUCACUUAUGCUGUGGUUCUCAACAGUUGUGCUGGCCUUGCAGCCUUGAGAACUGGUAACACCCUUGGUGCCUGUACUAUGAAAUCUGGGCAUUGGGACCAUUUGCUAGUCAGUAAUGGCCUCCUGAACAUGUACUCAAAGAGUGGCAGCAUUGAAGAUGCGCACAGAGUCUUCAUUUCCAUGCCAUUUCGUGAUGUAGUCUCUUGGAAUUUGAUUAUCACAGGCUAUGCGCAUCAUGGCCUUGCAAAGGAAGCGAUGGAAGCAUUUCACAGUAUGCUAUCAGCAGCAGUGGUCCCGUCUUAUGUCACCUUUGUUGGAGUAUUGUCAGCUUGUGCUCAGUUGGGUCUUGUUGAUGAAGCAUUCUACUACUUGAAUACUAUGAUGAAGGAAGUUGGAAUUACACCUGGGAAGGAACAUUAUACUUGUAUGGUUGGUUUGUUAUGCAGAGUUGGACGGCUAGAUGAGGCUGAGAGGUUCAUAGUGAAUAAUUGCAUUGGCACAGAUGUUGUUGCAUGGCGAUCACUACUAAGUUCUUGUCAGGUAUAUAAAAAUUAUGGUCUUGGUCAUCGAGUAGCUGAACAGAUUCUUCAGUUGGAGCCCAAUGAUAUUGGAACCUAUGUUUUACUCUCUAACAUGUAUGCAAAAGCCAACAGAUGGGAUGGCGUUGUGAAGGUCCGGAAGCAUAUGAGGGAGAGGGGCGUUAGGAAAGCACCUGGUGUAAGUUGGAUUCACUUGGGAAGUGAUGUUCAUGUUUUCACAUCGGAGGAGAAAGUACAUCCACAGAUGGACCAAAUCACCGAAAAACUUGAAGAGCUGAUCGACCAGAUUAAAACUAUCGGAUAUAUUCCAAAUUUUGCAGUGGUCCUACAUGAUAUUGAGGAUGAACAAAAAGAGGAGCACCUUAUGUAUCAUAGUGAGAAAUUGGCUCUAGCCUUUGGCCUUAUUCACACACCUAAGGGAGCAACAAUCCAUAUCAUGAAAAACCUCAGGAUAUGUGAUGAUUGCCAUGUUGCUAUCAAACUCAUAUCAGUUGUCACUGGCAGAAAAAUAGUUGUGAGGGAUGCUGUUCGAUUUCAUUGUAUAGAAGGUGGGGUUUGCUCGUGCAACGAUUAUUGGUAAUUUGUGGUGCAACUGUCUUGAUACUUGAUACCGUGUGGCCUGUUGAUUCAGGUUAGUGAAGCACGAUGGUGGUGCUUAAAUUUCUGAGCAUUCUCACUUCAUGCAUUCACAAAGUUUCCAGCUGGGCUUGCAAAGUUGCGCUCCUACAACAGGUUUUAGACAACUAAUGCUCUACAGCUUACAAAUUGGUGAGAACUUGGAACAAAGAGUUAAAUGACCCAUUUCAAUGAUUGGCAUAGAAAGGAUAUUCAUGCUUGGUAAAUCAAGGAUUUCUUGACAAAAUAGAGCUAUAAAGACUGACAGCAGCAUCCACUUGUAAAUAUACAAAGAUUACUGCAGAAACUGUAGCUCUGAUUCUAUAUUUUGAAUUUGAUCAUGGAAUGCAACACAGAUACUGUAUUUGUUAGUCGAGCUGCUCAAAACAUGUAUGAACUUGGAAGCGGAAAAUCUAAUUGGAAAAUAGAUCUAGAAAUUCCUGGAGAGGCAUGCGAAUAUACAUUGAGCAAAUUAGGCCCGAUUGCAAGGUACAAGCCAGAUUGUCUCUAUGGUAGCACGGUCACGGAAUAAUUGCCAAUCUUCUUGUGCAGGAAGCGGAACAUGAAGAGAAUAAAGGGAACGGUGAAGAACUGUGUGGUCUUUUUGGAUAAUAUAAGGAAUGGCUGCCAAGUUAUUUCCGUUGUCAUCAGACACUCAAUAGGUAUACAGAGUAUUUGUAGAUGUAUGUUAACCUGCUGUGGAAUAGUCCACCAUUCUAGCACAUGGCAAAGGACUUGAUAAGCAGGAGAUUCCUUUCACUCCUUAAGGAUAGGAUCAGCUUGUGACUGAGCACAAAGAUUCAGUCUAAACAUGCAUGUAGGACGACGGUGCAGUGUGCAUGCAAGCAACCCAUCAAAGCAGCGUCACUUCAUCUUGAAGAAGACAUUCUAGGUUUUGGUCAUGAAGUUUGAGAGAAGAAUAAUAUGACAUCAGCUAGGGAUGCAUCUGCCAAAUGUGUUCACUUGGCUGAGAAGCCAUGGCUGAAAGUACUGUCCGCUGAUUUGUUGUAAGAGAAGAACACUUCUGAAUGACGACAUAUUUGGCUGCAGGUCCAGGGAAGAAGUUUUUGCCGGAGGGCGCACCAGGAGCCCAGGAAACGCGUUCCUGAUUGCUGCAACCGACUGAGUUGUGGAAGGGAGCAGGUGGUGGAUCGUUCAGAGGCUUCAGGCCGUAGGAUCGGCCUGUGCCUAGCGUAGCAGAAUCGUCCGGGAACCUGUUGGUGUGGUGCUGAGCGCCUGUGAGUCUGUGACACCUGAUGCUGAUGCGUGGGCUUGGCCCCUGGGCACUGUGGAAAUGUGUAUGCAAGCGAACUGGCGGUAGUCUGCAGUCGCUUGGAUGAUGUGGAACUGUGGAAACAAAGGAACGAGAGUUUGUGCAAUCGCUUCAACAACCAGUCGCGGUCGGUGCAAUCGCUUGUGCAAGGAAUUGCCGAUGAGUGUAGAGUUUGGGACCUUGCCGGGUUCGGACGGUUUGCGCUCGUUGCUUCCAAACAUUCUAUUUUCAUAGUCUCCUAAGGUGUAAUCGGUUUUUCUUUUCUUUUCUUUGUUGCGGUAACCCUCGGUUUACUGCUUUUGUAAACUUUUUCAAAAACCGUACCUCCUCGGUGGAGGAAAACAAAAUACUGACAGUUACAGUGGAGCAAGAGCCAGUUGACAUAA